AUGGGCACCGGCGAGAUCAAUGCCAUCAUCGAGAAGGCUGACGAUGCGAGGAGGUUCUUUGUGGCCAGGUCUAACCACUACGUGUGCGGCCCCGUGAUCAAGGAGCCUAAUGUCGGGUCCGUCCUGCUGGAGAUGGCCGACGAAGAGGAGGUCAAGGCCACCUCCGACUGGGGAAAAACGCCUCCUCCGGAGGGAGAGCCGGCGCCACCCCCAUGGAUGCCGAUUCAGGGAGAGGGAGAGAGCCACCUUGUGUCUGGCAGCAACGGGAUCUUGGGGAACGGGGGCGCGGAGGGGGCGGGGGCGGCGGCUAGCGCUAGCGCUGCCGCCGGCGGGGAAGAAGAGGCGGGCGAGGAAGGCUACGGAUGCUCACUUCUGUGGAGAAUUCUCAGCGAAAAGUUCCCGCACUACAUCAACCAAGGGUUGGAGGACACCCAGGUGCAAGUACCAAACGGGAAGUUUCCUACCAUCGGCUUCAAGAAGGAAAACCCUAACGAGAGCCGUAGCAACUACCGGAGAGCCGAGCAAGGCAUUCGGAUACGCGGGAGCUGAAGCUGAAGCUGAACGGCGUUGGUUCAGCUGCCGCGAACAAGAUUCUUCGUGAUCUUCUCACCUCGUCGCCAGCAGCAGUAGCCACGGCAGCAGUAGCCACGGCAGCAGUAGCCACGGCAGCAGCGGUUGUUGAGCUACGCUGCGCAAGGGGCAUGCGGUGCGGAAGAUGGACAGGGCACUGUCCUCAGAUGGCUGUAAGGGAGGGGAGGAGAGGGGAGUUUGGCGUGGGUCCCCGUCGACGUUGGUGGCUUGUCGUAGGACCGGAAUCGUGGAAGUGGUCGUACUCCCCCCCCUAGACAGACUUGAAACACAGCGAUUGCUCCACGAGUAGGAGAGAGAGUUUGGGAGAGUUCGAGAGAAUUCCGAACCCAAGGAGGGUGGUCUAGGAAACAUCUCGUCGAGAGUUCGUUUUCAUGGCCGGGGUUGUUUCGUACUGUA